AGAGGGGUGGGGUGCAGGGUCCCAGCCCAACAAACCCCUGAGGGGGUCCCUGGUAGAGGCUGUGUCUGCAGGAUCCCUUGGAGAGCUAGCUCCGUGCUCCUCCUGCCCAUCAGGGCGUUGGGCCGGGCAGAAGGAAAGAACGGGGCGGAGUGAGCUCUGGAAAGUGGGAAGAGGGGGGUGUGAGGGGAGACCCAGGGCGGGAUCCAGGCUUUGGAACGUUGGAGGUUUCCGGCCACAGAGGCAGGGAGGGCCUCAGGGGAGCCAAGAGAGGCGGGGAGAGACACACAUCGAGGAACUGAGACCAAGAACAGAGACAGGAGCUGGGAGGAGAGGGACCAGGGAGGAGCUGGGAGAGGUGGGGACCGGGGGCAAGUGAUCUGGACACACUCCAGUCCCCAGAGACACCCCCUCCUCAGAGACAUUUGUCCGCAGCCUUGGGUGCUGCGAGCCCGCCCUGAUGCAGGCAGCCUGGCUCCUUGGGGCCCUGGUGGUCCCCCAGCUCCUGGGCUUCAGCCACGGGGCUCGAGGAGCCGAGAGGGAGUGGGAGGGGGGCUGGGGAGGCGCCCAGGAGGAGGAGCGGGAGAGGGAGGCCCUGAUGCUGAAGCAUUUACAGGAGGCCCUGGGGCUGCCCACUUUGAGGGGGGACGACAAUCUUGAGGGAACCCCUGAAGACAAAGGGGCCUCGGAGACUGAGGAGGGCCAGCAGGAGGAGGAAGAAGAGGAGGAAGCAACGCCGACCCCCUCCUCCAGCCCCAGCCCCUCUCCCACCCCGGAGGACGCCAUCACUUACAUCCUGGGGCGCCUGGCCGGCCUAGACACAGGCCUGCACCAGCUGCACGUCCGUCUGCACGUGUUGGACACCCGCGUGGUCGAGCUGACCAAGGGGCUGCGGCAGCUGCGGGAGGCGGUGGGGCCCUGUGUCGAGACACAAACUUGA